UCACGCGAAGGCCUUAGGUCACAGCGAGGUCGUUCAAUUGAGCAUGCGCAUUGAGUGAAUUUUACCACGCGGUGACCUGCUCCUGUCAAAGCGAGGAACAUCCUUCAUCUCCGCAAUAAUAUAUUCGUAAGACUGAGGAAGAAUGAAUCGAGCCUUUACUCAGACCCUGAUGAGACCCAAUCUCCCUUUGAGGAGACCUGCGACUGGACCGAUUUCACUUAACGUUACUCCUAGAGGCCCAGCACCAACAUUUCAUGAGCUUGCUCAAGAAAAUCUGCUAGCAAGUGACAUUCUAGAAGAUGGUCCUGUGGGUGAUGCCGUUAGAAAGGAGAAUGUGAUUUCUGCAAAAAAUAGUCGGAAUUGUGGAGAUUUUUUGUCUCCCCCACAGACAGCAGGGUCUAUGGUGGGCCCACUGGUAAAGCUGUGCAAUUACUGCAGUCACCAGGGAAACUUCAGGUGCACUCGUUGUAAAAAAACAUGCUACUGUUCUGUAGCUUGUCAGUCUCAGGAUUGGAAAGCUCAUCGACAUAUCUGCAAAGCUAGCAUCUCAGAAGUUGCCAGUGAGAAAACUAAGGAAUCCACACCAAUGCCAAGUGGAAAUGGACUUGGUGGCCUUCAAGCUAAGGAAAUCUGUGUUGAUGUACAGUCAAAGAGAAUGUAUCGACGUGAUUUGCGCAAGAAUGUUGUUUCUAAAGGAUCUGAGAUACAGGGUACAGUGAUUGAUCUGAGGAAUCCUGGGAAAUUUUCCAUUCAGCUGCAGUCAGUGGAGAUGAUGGAGUCCCUGAAAAACAUCACCAAAGAGCUCCAGAAGGCCUAUAGCACUUCAUUUGCUGCUGAGUACAAGCCUGAAAUUGGGGAGCUCUGUGCUGUAAAAUUUUCUCUUGAUCGGAACUGGUAUCGAGCUGAGGUUCAGUCAGUCGAUGUGGCCCGCAGAGUUGCCAGUGUGUUUUACAUCGACUUUGGAACUGAGGAGAAUGUUACGUUUGACAACAUAAGGCCUCUCUUUGAGAGCAUCGAUGCUGCACCACCAUUUGCUUUGCAGUGUUGUGUUGCUGGGGUAAAGCCUCUGACAGGAAGUUGGACUGGCGAAUGCACUAUUGCAAUAAGGCAGUUAAUUGCUGGAAAGAUUCUCACUUUCACAGUGUUGGAUAUCGUGAUUGAUGGAGCUCUGCUUGCUGUAGAUGUUCCUCUAAGCACUCUUGGUAAAUACAUGAGCACUUUCCUGAUAGAGCAGGGCUAUGCUGUAAAGGAGGACGUUUCUGUCAAACCACAGACUGAACACGACAUCAAUUCAUUGAUGUCGGCAUCCUUUGAGAACUUCAAGCGCUUGUCUGGAGGAAAGAAUGAGAACUCUGACGCCAGGCCUCCAGAGCCAUUGACUCAGGGAGUGGGAGACACAUUCACUGCUGUUGUCACCCACCUCCAGUCUCCCUCAGAGAUUCUCUGUCAAAAGCUUGAAAAUACGAGUGUAAUCCAGCAGCUGCAGGUGAAUUUAAGGGAGCACUGCUCAAACACUCCGGCCAGUGAGAACUUCAGACCUGCACCAGGAACUGUCUGCUGCUCGCUCUUCUCUGAAGACAAUCAAUGGUAUAGAGCUAAAGUUCUGGCAUAUUCCUCUGAAGAUCUUGUGUGUGUUGGAUACAUAGACUUUGGUAACUCUGAGGAGGUUGAGUUAAAUCGCCUACGACCAAUCAGCAAAGAGUUGCUGGCUUUGGCAACUCAAGCAAUCCCUUGUUCUCUAGCAGGUAUAAAGUGUCCAACAGGCACCUGGUCAGAGGAGACCAUUUUGAUGGUGAAAAGUCUAGUUUGCAACCGCUUCAUUCGGGUUGAGAUUCUGGGUAAGAAGGAUGGUAGGGCUCUGGUGUCCAUGAUUGAUGAGUCAAGUGACCCUCAGACCAAUGCCGCUGAGGUGUUGGUUAACAUGGGUUAUGCUGCCAUUGAAAGUGUGGAGACAGAGAAGCAUGAACCGACUCAAGCCUCCUUCCCUGAAAUGCCCCCCCUCAGUCCACCUGUUGUUGAGAAAAUGGAGUGGACUUGUGCUGAACUUCCCUUUGAUGGCCAAAAGGUGGAGCUGGUAAUCAGUAGUCUGAAGAGCCUUGAUGAAUUCUACUGUUACAACUACAGCAAAGCAGAUGCACAUAUCCUGACAGAGCUGUCCUAUGAGCUCAUGAAGCACUGUGAAUCGGAGAGAGCUUCCUUCACCCCCACUGUGGGAGAACCAUGUUGUGCUCUCUUCACAGGAGAUGCCCACUGGUACAGGGCCAUGGUAUUAGAAGUGUGUGGAGAGGGUAAGGCCAGAGUUUAUUUUGUGGACUAUGGGAACUCCUGUGAGGUGGAGGCAGCACGUUUAAAGGCCAUCACACCAAACCUGCUCAAACUGCCUUUCCAAGCAAUUCGUUGCUGGCUUGCAGGAGUGGAACCAGUGGAGGGUCAGUGGACUAAAGAGGCAGUGCAUAAGUUUCAGGGUCUUUGUGCUGGUCAGCCGUUGAGUGGCAAAGUGCUGUCCAUCACUGAGAAGGGUUAUGGAGUGAAUCUGGAGAGCUCUGGAAAAAGCAUUGCUGCUGUGCUAAUCUCAGAGCACCUAGCUAAACCUUAUGGACAGGUGAAACAGCCUCCAGUGCAGCCAGCUAAACCAACCAAUCAGAUUGAGGAUCUGCCCACCCUUAAAUCCAUUGAUCAGAAUCCACCUGCUGAAGAGCCUUUGAAAGUGAACAAGGGAGUUGCCAAAGACACAGAAGAUUCAACCUCAUCAAUCGGCUCUUUUCCUUUGAACUGGAAGACAUUGGAGCUGUCUUGCACUGACACUUUCCAACCGAGGGUGGCAGCAGUGAUCAGCCCUAGUCUCUUUUACAUAAUGAAUCCUGGACAAGUGAAUGUAGAGGGUCUGAAGACUGUUAUGACCGAUGUUGCGAAGUACUGCAGCAAACAGUCAAUCCCCAAUCAGUGCCACCCUUUACCAGGAGCCGCCUGUUGUGCGCAGUUCUCAGGUGACAAAAAUUGGUACCGAGCUGUUGUGUUGGAGGUAACAAGCAAGCAUGCGCAUGUAAUUUAUGCCGAUUAUGGGAACAUGGAGACAGUCCCUGUCUCCAGUAUCCUUCCCAUCACCAAAGAACUUCUCCAGCAUCCAUUCCAGAUUGUCAGAUGUGCACUGGCAGGUAAAGAGAACUUCCCUAUAGUGUGGCCCACUGACGUUUUGGAACUCUUUGGGAUUCAGUUGAGCGGGGGCGUCCUGGCAUCUCUGCAGGGCUUUGAUGGGACCUCCAACCUGCUAACCCUUACCCAGCAGUCUGGUCAGGCUGACAGAGACAUUAAUUCUAUUAUCCUUGGAGCUCUGCAGAAAGGACAAAGCAAGGCUAACUCGAAGCCACCUGCCAUUGUUGUUGAGGAAAAAAAGGAUGUAGAUCAGAGGAAGACACAAACUGUCAGCUCGAUCAAGCCCGCAGAUCAUCCUCAAUCUGCAAACGUUAAGAAACCUCACCUGGAAGAUCAAGCCCCACCUUUAAGUGCCAGCUGCAGGCUUGAGGAACCAGAAAACAUGUCCAAGACAAUGACUGCAGUGGAAUGCACUGAGCCGCACAAUAUUAUAAGCACAAAAAGCGGCAAUGGUCCUCACACAUGCAGCUGUCUUGAGCUGAAACAAAAGAUUGACCACAUCGAGAAAUUGAUUCUCCUCCUUGUGAAACAAAUUGGUGGAACCAAAUAGUAACCCAUCAAGAUCUUCGGUGUCGAGUUCAAAACAAAUGGCCACUGCCAGUUUUCUUUUCUUCAGUUUUUUUUUGAGUUAAUGUAUCAGUGAUGUCAAACCAUGUUUGUAGUCUUUAAGUCAGCACUUGAUAAAAUUGAUUUUAUUCUUAGAAAGGCAUGGGUAUUUUAUUUUUCUUAUAUUGAACCAACAUUAUUGUUGCUGGUGUUUUAUUACAUAUAAUGUUCAUGCUUUUAUUUCUCGAGCCGUGAACUAUUAACCGUGAAUUAUGCAGCACUGCCAUUCAGUUUCUACAUGGUCAGUUUUUUGUUUAUCAA